CCGGAGGAAACUGGAGAAACCAACAACGAUUGCUAUGAAGAACUUCGAUCGUUAAUUACCAAUAGAGGGUUGAAGAUACUACAUCAAAACGUGAAUGGUCUGCUUUCAAAAAUGAAUGCGAUCCGGUUACUGUUGGACAGCCAAAACAAAAAUAUUCAUAUUUUUGGCAUUAUUGAAAGCAAGCUAGACUUAUCAAUCUCGGACACAGAAAUUCGAAUUGAUGGCUACACCUGCGUGAGAUAUGACAGAAAAAACG